UCUGAAAGGUUAGUUCUUCCCUUCCCUUCCCCGCUAGAGAAAAGCAACAAUGAAACAACAGAAAUAGCGAGAGACCAGAACGAUAGACGCAGGAUUCUCCUUCUCCACAUAUCUCUCUGCCUUCUUCCUUUGUCCAUCACCGCCGGAUAAUUAACCCUUCCGAUUCCUCUUUUCCAUUUCCACUGUCCUCGUUAUCUUCACAUUCUUCUUAUCCAUUUCCUUUGAAUCUCAUUGCGGCAUUGUUCUUCGCCCGAUUUGAAACUACAUUUCUCACCACCGACGAAUCAAUACCCAUCACCUUUUUCUUCAUCUCCUCCUCUGGAUAAUGGUGGGUUCGUAUUUGAUUCCUACCAUUUGAACAUUGCCCGGAAACGAAAAACCGCAGAGCCGGAAACAGAGGAAAAUCCAAAACAGAGCAUCUGGCAUUCCUCUGGCUUUGGGAAAAAUCAUCUCUUUCUAGUAUUUUGUCUUACCGUUUUAUCUAUUUAGUGCUGCAUUCAUACAAUAAUGGCGGUAAUGGAAUCGCUGCUGGGAAAUGAAGCAAGGAGAUUCAUCAAGAGGAAAGACAGUGAUGCAGGCGAAACAGGCCGAGCACUAGAAGAACUGAGGGGCACGCUGUACAACGAUCUCCGAACCUCGGAAGGAGCGAAGCGCCAGCAGCAGAGGUUCUGCGGGCCGGUAGUGGCCAUGACAUUCAAUUUCGUGGUCUCCAUAGGGAUAAUCAUGACCAACAAAGUGGUAAUGGGGAAAGUGGGUUUCAAUUACCCAAUCCUCCUGACAUUGAUCCACUACGCAGUGGCAUGGCUGCUGCUUGCAAUAUUCAAGACACUGGCUCUGCUCCCAGUAUCGCCUCCUUCCAAGUCCACUCCUUACACUUCCAUCUUCUCCCUGGGCGUCGUCAUGUCGUUCGCGUCCGGUCUCGCCAAUGCCAGCCUCAAUCACAACAGCAUUGGGUUCUAUCAGAUGGCGAAAAUCGCAGUCACGCCCACCAUUGUUUUGGCAGAGUUCAUUCUCUUCAACAAAACCAUCUCUCACAACAAGGUAGUGGCGCUGGGUGUGGUGUCAGCGGGUGUGGCACUUGCUCAGGUGACAGAUUUGCAGUUCAACUUCUUCGGAGCUUGCAUAGCCGUCGCCUGGAUAAUUCCGAGUGCGAUUAACAAGAUUCUGUGGUCGAAUCUGCAGCAGCAAGCCAACUGGACCGCCCUCGCUCUGAUGUGGAAGACAACACCGGUGACGGUGCUGUUCCUGCUAGCACUAAUGCCAUGGCUGGAUCCACCAGGUGCUCUAUUGUUCAAGUGGGAUCUUCAAAACUCAUCUGCUGUUCUCAUAUCAGCUCUCCUUGGCUUCCUCCUUCAAUGGUCUGGUGCUUUGGCACUCGGGGCAACAUCCGCAACUUCUCACGUAGUCUUGGGACAGUUCAAGACGUGUAUGAUCUUGAUCGGUGGGUAUCUACUGUUUGAUUCGGAUCCCGGGUUCAUCAGCAUCUGUGGAGCUGUGGUAGCACUUGGAGGGAUGUCGGUUUACACUUCGCUCAACUUGAAGGAGACCAAAAAAGAGAAGAGCUCCGGGAGUAGUAACCCACAUCAGAAGCAGACGCUGCCACUGUCUAAGCCAAAGACAGAGCUCGAACCCACUCCUGAGGAGACCUCUGAAGAUAUUGAAACCACUGCUCUAUUGUCUUCCAAUGCUGUCUGAAAAUUUAUCUCAGGCCAAGGUCAUAGACAGAAGAGAGAGAGAGUAGAUAAGAGAAGUACCAACAGUAGCCUGCCCUUCAGAAUAUACCCAUAAGAUGGGGGCAAAUGAGGGAACUGGAAACUGAGCUGAAUCACACCGUGGACCUACCAUCUUCUCCGUUUUCACCUUACAUUGGUCAGCAAUUUAUAUCCCCCACCUGCGAAAUCAACUUACCAUUGUCUUCAGCCGGUCCUGUAUUUACAUUCAUGGAGAUUGCGCCUAAUAAUGCCUCAAAGGAACUUUCUUGAUCCACCACUGACUUCAGUAAGUAGAGCUCCAAUUCAUCUGUGCAAGCUGAGGCUGCUGCUGAUAAGGUGCAGUUGGUGACGGUCCUACCGGCUCAGCUGCAGCAGAAAUUGCAUGAGACUGCUGCUGCAACAAUGGGCUCGCUGUUGAAGAAGCAGCUAUUGUCUGUAGAGGUGGAUAAAUUCCUGGAAAAGAGCCAUGGGCAGCAGCAGCCUGGGGAGUAGCGAAUGUAAGGUGGUGCUGUCCC